GGCCGGCAGCUGAGCGUCCGCGCGCCCGGGGCGUCCGCUGGGCAGCGUCGCCGACGGCUGCGGUCGAUGCGGAGCGCGGCGCGGGCGCAGAGGCCCGCGGGCCGGGGGUUCUGAUGGACUCGGGACGCCGGGCUGUGUGAGCCGAGCCAUGGCAGCCCACUCCAGCUUGUACAAUGAAGAUAGAAACCUCCUUCGGAUUAGAGAGAGGGAAAGACGCAACCAAGAAGCUCAUGCAGAGAAAGAGGCCUUUGCUGAGAGGACUCCGCUGUUUGGAGAGCCCUACAAGACUGCAAAAGGUGACGAGCUGUCGAGUCGGAUACAGAACAUGCUAGGAGACUACGAAGAGAUGAAGGAGUUCUUGAGCAGCAAGUCUUCUGAAGACAGGUCAGGGAAGCCGAGAUACCCUUUAUUUCAUGACAGGGGGAGCAGCGUCCCAUCUAACUCCUUCCGCACCCACGUCUACCACCAGCCUAUUCAUACUUCUUCAGCCCCUGGACCACUUUCUGUUGGUAACAUUAGCCACAGCCCAAAGACAGCCCCGCCAAGGAUGGAACCAGUGCCAAGUCUCCAUGCCAAAACCCAUGGCCUGCCCGACAGCCAGCGUCUGACUCAAGAUCGCCUCAGUCAGGAGGGGCACUGUUCCAACCACAGAAAGUGUGACCGCAGAGGUGAUGGUGCCUCAGCCCCGGAGAUGAAGCUCUCACCCUUAAUCUCCUCUUUGCCAUCCCCAGUGGCCCCACUGUCACCUGUACAUUCCAGGCUGCAGGGAAGCAGCAAGGCUCCCGGUGGUAGUACUAGCAACAAAAGCUACUGUGCAGCCACAUCUUCCAAGGACCUGGUGGUGAAGGUCCAAGAUAGUGAGACUCCUCAUGACAGUUUGGUGGCAGCCACCAGCCUUGGUGUAGCCCCUUCUCAGACAUUUCCACCUCCUCCCCUCCCCUCAAAAAGUGUUGCAAUGCAGCAGAAGCCCACAGCCUAUGUCCGACCCAUGGACGGUCAGGAUCAGGCUCCUAGCGAGUCCCCGGAGCUGAAGCCGCCGAUGGAGGACUAUGGCCAGCAAAGCUUUGAGAAACCCGAUGUUAAAGUGCCUGCCAAGGCCAAGCUCACCAGACUGAGGAUGCCUUCGCAGGCGGUGGAGCAGGCCUUCUCCAGUGACGUCCACUGUGUUGAAGAGAUUUUGAAGGAAAUGACCCACUCGUGGCCCCCUCCUCUGACAGCCAUACAUACGCCCAGUACAGCCGAGCCAUCCAGAUUUCCUUUUCCCACAAAGGAGCCUCUGCACAUCAGUUCUGCAACCCAAAGCCAAAAACCUUAUGAUGCGUCUUCCCAAACCCAUCCCAGUUCCCAGCAAGGAACAUCCAUGCUUGAGGAUGACCUUCAGCUCAGCGACAGCGAAGACAGCGACACUGAACAAGCCACAGAGAAACCUCCGUCCCCACCUGCACCUCCAAGCGCUCCACCAACACUUCCAGAACCAGAGGUGUCAGCACAUUCCAGUAGUGCAGAGUCCGAGAGCAGCGCGUCAGACAGCUCCUCAGACUCUGAGAGCGAGAGCAGCUCAAGUGACAGCGAGGAGAACGAGCCCCUAGAAACCCCGGCUCCUGAGCCUGAGCCUCCGACAACGAACAAAUGGCAGCUGGACAACUGGUUGACCAAAGUCAACCAGCCAUCAAUGCCCCUCGAGGGUCGGGGGAGCACAGAGUCCCCACGCUGGCGCCAGGAGAGUAAGGAUGGAGACUGCCGGGCUGACCAGCAGCACCCCGAGUCCAAAGACCCUCCCCCCAAGAGUUCCAGCAAAGCUCCACGAGGUCCUGCUGAGGGGCCUCAGCCUGGGAAGAGGGGCUUCCAGAAAUCCCCUGCCCAACAGGAGCCCCUACCUCGGCAAACCAUUGGAACCAAACAACCCAGAAAACCUGCCAAGGGCUCUGCCCAGGCAGAGCACCAGGCUAGCUUUCAGGCUGAGAGUGAACCAGGACCUCUUCCCUAUGGCUCGAAAGAACAAACUCCCAAAGACAAGCCCAAGGUGAAGACGAAAGGCAGGCCACGAGCUGUGGGCAAUAGGGAGCCUAAGCCUGAAGCUCCUGUGCCCAAGCCACAGGCAGCUGUGCCCACCCCCACUGAGAAGAGGAAACACAAGAGUUCCCCAGCCCCCUCCAAGACACUCUCAGGCCCUCAGCCUCCAAAGGACAAUGCUGGGGACAGGAACCCUGACCACUUUGCCCUUGUCUCCUUGACUCAGAGCCAGGGUCCACCUCACAGCGGCAGGGGUGAUGGUGGCAGCGGCAGCGGCAGCAGCAGCAGCAGUGUCAGGACUAGCGGCUGCCGACAGGCUGUGAUUGUCCAGGAGGACGGCCGCAAAGACAGACUCCUGUUACCCUUGAGAGACACCAAGUUGCUCUCGCCACUCAGGGACACUCCACCACCGACGAGCUUGGUGGUGAAGAUAACCCUGGACCUCCUGACUCGGAUCCCCCAGCCCUCCGGGAAGGGGGGCCGCGCUAGGAAGGCCGAAGACAGGCAGAAGCCGGGCACCGAGAAGAGAGGCUGCGACACCUCCAGCAAAGUGACCAAGAAGAGAAAGGGUGACUCAGAAAAAGACCAUGAUAACAAGAAGAUGAGAUUGGAGAAGGAUGUCCAGUCACACUGUGCUGCAUCGUCGUCUUCCCACAGCGAGUCCUCCAAAACGAAGACACCUAGGCCCUCCUCGGAGUCCUCAAGAAAGGAGAUGCUUCCUCCACCUCCUGUCUCGUCCUCCUCUUCCUCCCAGAAGUCAACUAAAGCUGCACACAAGAGGUCAAAGGCAGAUGCAGACUCCUGUAGUCAAGACCCUCCCAAAAGUGCCAGCAGCACCAAGAGCAACUAUAAGGACUCUCCCGUCCCCAAGCACAGAAAAGUGCAGGCCAGGAGCUCUGAACACAAAGGGUCUUCAGGAGAAGCUGCAAAUCCUUUCCCAGUGCCUUCUUUGCCAAAUGGUAACUGUAAACCAGGGAAGCCGCAAGUGAAGCCUGACAGACACCAAGCUGAUUUUCACAUGAAGGAGGCUAAAAGGUUGAAGUGCAGAGCAGAAGCUAUGGCGGACAAGGCUGGAAAGGCCUUCAAGUAUUUGGAAUCCAUCCUGUCUUUUAUUGAGUGUGGGAUGGCCACAGAGUCAGAAAGCUCAGCAAAGUCGGCGUACGCUGUGUACUUAGAAACUGUAGACCUCAUUAAGUUUACAAUGUCACUGAAAUCCUUCUCAGAUACCACGGCGCCAGCACAAGAAAAGAUAUUUGCUGUUUUAUGCUUGCGUUGCCAGUCGCUGUUGAACAUGGCUAUUUUCCGAUGUAAAAAAGACAUAGUAAUGAAGUAUUCUCGUACUCUUAGUGACCACUUCAAGAGUUCUUCCAAAGUGGCCCAGGCACCUUCUCCAAGUAUGGCAAGAAGCACAGGUGUCCCGUCCCCGCUCUCCCCAAUGCCUUCUCCUGCCAGCUCAGUAGGGUCCCAGUCGAGUGCUGGCAGUCUGGGGAGCAGUGGGGUAACUGCCACCAUCAGUACUCCAGUCACCAUCCAUAACAUGACCUCGUCCUAUGUCACCAUCACAUCCCAUGUCCUUCAGGCCUUCGACCUUUGGGAACAGGCAGAGGCCCUUGCAAAGAAGAAUAAAGAAUUCUUUGCCCAGCUCGGCACAAAGGUGCGCAUCUUGGCCCUCAACAGCAGCCUGGUGGACCUGGUGCACUACACAAGACAGGGUCUGCAGCGGCUGAAACAAGCACCCAAAACUCCCUAAUGCAGGCUGGGCUUACUUGAUGCCCUGCAAUGUCUUUGCACAAUUGGAAGCCUUGAUCCAGUGUAGACAACUGUCGAUCCGGAUGUUACACUCAAGAAGUGAAGCGCGGUGAGAUGGCCAGAACGCUUGCCCACUUAAACACACAAGAGCUGUGUGCGUGGCCAUCGGUUGGACACUGGUUGGCAGAGCAGACGGUGGUAAAGGAUCUGCCUUUCCUAAUGGAAGGACAGAAGUGCAAUGGAGCCUACGUGGCAUAUGAAUGGUCUACCAACAUUUCUGUUUUGUUUGUUUGAACAGUAGCAUACAAGCUGCAAGUGACAGCCAUUUCAAGUCUCACAGACUCCUGUCAUCUCAGUAGCUAUACUAGUUCACUUCUAGAAGGAAUUUUCUUUUGAAUAAUAAUUUUUGGUGAAGGGUUUUAUGGAUACACAUUUUUUUCUUUUCAAGUUUUAAAGGAAACAUUGUUGAAUAAAUUCUAAUGGCUGCCUGUAAAAUAGAAGUUGGAAGACUCUGCUGUGCCUCAGUUCCUGCAGUGAAGCAGGGUCUUUGUUGACAUUGAGUAUUAGCAUUUAGAGAUUGAAGGUGGCGCCCCGCCCCGCCGAACCCGCCCCCAGUGCCUAGAGUCCUCUGCACAUAGUCUGGCUCUGAUCUCUAGCUACACUGAGAGCAAACCCAGGUCAUCCCUGGAGGAGUGGCAGCAUCUAGAUCCAGGACCCAGCUUACGUCUUCCCCACAUCCCAGGAAGCAGCACCCAUGUGGGCAAAGGGAGCCAGUGUUUGCCUUGGGCUGGACUUCAUGUACUCAAGUCCCAGGUGCUGGCGGUGCCAUGGCAACUCGUGCAUCAGUGAAUAAAAGUGAGAUCUUCCUACAGAGGCUGUAUUUUUCUGCUACAAAUUAUAUUUAUAGCAAAACUCAACUUUCCAAAGCCCUUGAUUAUAUGUGGAGAGCAGAUUUGGGGUAGGGGCGUUUCUCCAGACUGUCUUCUCAGGUACCAUGAUUCCAUGAUGUUGAAGAGGACCUGUGACUUCCCUAAACGAUGUACCCCACCCACAUGGACAGAAAGCAAGAGGACAAACUCAGAAUCACACCUGCCCAUAAGCACAGGCCUUUCACCGAAACUGGGGAGGAUAUUACUGGAAUACUCUGAGUGCAGUGUUUUUUGUUUGUUUGUUUGUUUUUUUUUUUAUAAAGCCAAUUCUUUUUACCCCUUCUAGAAAGUAAAAUUUGCAAGGGUGUUCUCAUUGUGGAAGCGUGUUAUGGCUCUUCACACCCUGUCUCCUCUUCUACAAGUCAUGCUGUGUGUCUGUAUCUAUGGAUUAGUAGACAGGAGGCCCAUCUUAGUAAGGGUGCCUGUGGUCCCUGGGGUCGUGGAUGAGAACACUUUCUUAGUACUUUGGUAAAUCUGCACAGGGCUGCAGGUGAGUGUGAUGUCAGAUAUGAUCUUCUCCACCUUUUGUCCUGUUUUGGAUAACACCAGAGAAAAGGCUAUACUUUGUGCAUACCUGAGAGUAGACUGGCUGUGAGCUGACCAAGCAGCUUUUUGUAUGGGUCAUCUGGAGAACUUGGUAGCCGAGCUGCAGCAUGGGAUAGGUUGUCCCUGGCGCUUCAUCACUUCUUAAGUAGAGUUUGGCUUGUGGGCUCUUUGAUCUUUCCCCCUCUCCCAUGGCUGUCUGUCCCUUGCUGUCCCUUUGCUUGUGACUGGUUCUGGUCUAGGCAUGUUUUGCUAAAAGCACACAUGUCCUGUCAGCGGACCCUGUGCCCCUUGCCUGAACACCUUCAGCAGGGGCAGGAAGAACAAAUCACCCUAUCCUUUGUACUAGAUGCAUUUUCUCAACUCUAAAUUCGGACAAACCUGUUUAUACCCAUUUGGUCUGUAGAUGUGUUUUUCCACAACACUGUACCUAAAGAGAGAGAUCCUCCCUCUUGCCACCAUUGUGAUUGGAUGAAGCACAGUGGUUGGCCAGUGUUGUUACUGCUCAUCAUCAUAGAAACCUGGAGAAUCUAAGCUAUUUGCAUGCACUCUUCACUGUAUGCUUACAGUCCCCAAAAGCCACUUACCCCCUGAGGUAAUUAAUUCCUUGAAUGUGGGGUGUUCUUGGAACCACAGAAUGAUUCCAUGGUGAGGCACGCAGCAUAGGAGUGAAAAUCAGUCUUGCCUUUGCCAUUACAAAGGGUAUGUAUGGUCUGUCUGCAAUAGAAAGUAGAAGGACACACUUUUUCCCAAGUGUUGAAAAAUUUGACACAUGUAAAAAGCCCUACUAGAUAACAAUUUAAAAAAACAUGUCACUAAAACCAGUCGCUCUGUUAAGGUGCCAAGAGGGCAGGCCACAUGGGAGCAGGAAGGCCCAGCAAGUGCAUAAGACGUACCUGAUUUAUUGUAAUGUUUUGAUAAGAACAUCUAUCUAUCCAUCCACUGGAUAGACAGGACCCCACCCAACCCCUCUGUGUUCUCUAAUUCCAGAUCUUAGGACGUUUCACGCCGGCUCUUCCCCAUCCUAAUUGAAAAUGUGCCUUAACUGACACCUUAUGUAUUGAUGUUAGGGAUAGGGCCCCGUCUUAGGGUUCCUGUUUCUGAAUUCAGUGCUGAGUGCUCCACACACAGCUAUGGUCUCUGACGCAGAGGAUUAGAGGUUCGUCUGGAUGCUUUUGUGCCUUUGUUGACCAAACAAUUUCUGAAGUCACACUGUUCAUUUUGCCACAGCUUCAAGGGUUUGUUUCCUUUCUAGCUUUGUGAAGUUUGAGGUGUGUUUGUGCAUCUUAAGGUAAAUGAGUUGGGCUUUAAAAAAAAUAUUACCUGCAGCUUCCUUCUUCCUCUUGCUUUAUUUUCCCAACACUACAGAAACGCUGUUGAAAGCGUUCUUCAUCACACUGCACAGCACUGUGUACAUCUCCCAAGAAUAUUUUGGGGCUCCUUUUAGAAACACGGAAGUGUAGAUUUUUCUCACUGAAGAAUGAGCUACUGUGUCACAGCUAGGCUCAGUUUUGAUGCCUUCCUGUCCUCUUGCUGCCACCUCCUGCUGGUCUUGGUCCAUUUGGAAAUAAGGGGUAUGAGGAUGUUUCCUGUGCCUUUUUUGUCUCUUGUCCUGUGGAAGGGCAUGGUAUUGGGGUUUUCCUUCAAAGUCUGUAAGUGGUAUUUCUGCCAGGUAAUCCUCCAAUGUCUGUCCAGUCACGCCGGCUUCCCAGUGAGAACAGUUGCCUCAUGGCCACACUCUUGUUGAUGGUGCAUCAAUGAGCAUAUUUCUCCAGAUGACUGGAGAUUUCUUGGGAGUGAAUCACACUAUUUUUUGUUCUACUUUGCAUCCGAAAUCAGCAGUUACUGUGAUGAACAAAAAAAAGUGCCUCUUUCCCUGCCUAAGAGGGAGCCGGAGGACAGGAAGGGUGCCGAGAGCUCCAAGUGUCCCUAGGACACUGGAAUAAGGGCACUGACAGGCAGGCCAAGCUGCACUGUGCUGUGGUUGACCUAAGGAAGAUGAGCUCACGUUGCCUAGGUGUUUCAGCAACACUCAGUACAGGCAGUAUUAAGUUUGCCUCUGUUCAGGCCAUGACAUGUAUUGCUAAUACUGCACACCUUCACGAUAUCAAGCACACACUGUUCAUGUCGGGGUGGUGUGGGCACGUGUGUCCCCCCAAAUCUUGUCUUUUUUCCUGAAUGUGAUCAUGUUUUGGAUGAUACCUGAGCAGGGUUGCCUUUUUUUUAUUUAUUACCAUUAUAUAUUAUAUUAUAUAUUAUAUAUUUUCUUUCUUAUAAUGUUAGAGGAAAGUCAAAUCUUGGUAUUAAAAUUUUCUAAAAAGGAAUAGGUUGUCCAGGUGAUAAUGAAAAUCCCUGGUAUGUCUUUAAUGAGUUUUUCUUUGAUUACCAUGUGCCAGCUCUCACCAGUACAGUGGUCUAGUAAGCAGGCUAGGAAAGCAGGGAUUCUUGCCGUGAAGAUGUGCAACAAAAAUACGGGAACACCACGCUUUGUGUCAGCUUCAGCAGCAGCCUGCACACUGGGCUUUUGUGAAUGAGAUUUAGAUGCCCUAAAGAGUACUUGAAAGGCAGGCAUGAUCUGUGAAAGGAUGCUUUUCUUUUUUUAAAGAAUAUCUGUAAAAGAUCUUUCCAAAGAUAAUGUGCCACAGAUCUUUUAUUUUUCUCUGUUAUGAGGAUUAAGUGCUGUUUUAAAAAUGUAAUUGACUUGUUCAUCUUCACAGUCUUUCCUUUCCACAAGAUCAAACUGUAGAAAACAAAUAUUUAAUAAACAUUUAGAGAAAUCA